AUUUUAAGCUGGGCUCCUGUCAAGCAAAGCCAUUUGUGCUUGGUUUACCUACGCUGCAUACUCAGCAAAUUACUGUUUUCACCUGAUGAUAAAACAAUUUCUAAGGAUCACCAUCCAUGGUUGCUGCCCUACUCAAGACUGUAACAUUCUUUAUUGAAAAGAUUUGCAAAGGAAUGUUUACAAAGAAACUGGCAAACCCAAUAAAGAAGAAAGAAAGAAGUGAAAAUAAAGAGCCCAAAUCAACCACUGAUUUGCAAGCACAUAAUUUAACUCUCUCAACCACUCUUAAGACUACUGUUAAAAAAAUUUCCAAAUGCUCCUCGGCACGUAACAUAUCGCUCGAAGAGGACGACAGAAAGAACGACUGUUCAUCUUUGUCACCCACUUUUAGCUAUCGUGUGGCCAUAGCAAAUGGACUCCCAAAAAACUCUAUUUUUUUGAACAAUAAUGAAAGUAUCUUCCCUGACGUUCUUUCAAUUGAUAGUAGCUACUCUGACUUCUUAAAUGAGCCAAAACCUGUCCGAAGACUAGAUGAACAUAAAUCACACACUAUGCCGGUAAGACGAAAUAGGAAGAGUCUCAUCAGUUUAGCUCCUUCUGAUGGCAGUUCUGAGGGUGAACGUGUGGAACGUUCCAGUUUGCAUACACUUCGACUGGGUGCUCUACGAAAGUUGAGAAAAUGGAAAAAGAGCCAGGAAUGUGUCUCCUCAGACUCAGAAGUGAGCAACUGGAGGAAAACUCUGGGCAUUCGCAGCAAAUCUUUGGACCGCGCUGGACGGCAGCAAAAAAGCUCAACUCUCGAGCCUGGGUCCUCUUCAACAGGUUGUAUCAGUCAGACCCAGGAUGUAAUGGAAAUGAUUUUCAAGGAGCUUCAGGGGAUCAGCCAAAUUGAGACAGAACUGUCUGAGCUUCGUGGCCAUGUAAAUGCCCUAAAGAGCUCCAUUGAUGAAAUCUCCAGCAGUGUGGAAGUAGUUCAGAGUGAGAUAGAACAGCUUCGCUCAGGGUUUGUCCAGUCUAGAAGGGAAACACGAGAUAUUCAUGACUACAUAAAACAAAUUAGCCACCAGGCUAAUAAUCUAACCUUAAGAUUCCUCAAUGUUCCUGAAGAAAGAACAGAGAAAACAGAACAUUUAAUAUAUAAACUACUGAAAGACAAAAUGGGUUUUGUUGAUGCCCAUAAAACAAUUAAAAUUGAGCUAGCUCAUAGAUUAGGGCAACAAAGAGAAUGUUCUAAUGCAAAACCUCGUCCUAUAAUAGUUAUUUUUAACACACCACAAGAUAGAGAUGUAGUCUUAAAAAAAUGCUAUAAGCUCAAAGGUACAGGGAUCACAGUUUCUACUGAUAGCUUACCAAGUGAUGUGAAGGAGAGGAAAGACAAAACCAUGACAUCCUCACAAACCUAUGAAAGUAUGGAUAUAAAAGUCUCAGGAAAAGAAAAAGUAGUAGAGAGUGAUGACUGGGACUCAAUGGACAGUGAUAAAGAACUUGAUGAAUUAAGUAGAAAUAAAUAUGCAAUGGUCAUUUCAAAACCUGCUCACAAGGCCAAAUCAGAAAAAAGACGAUCCCAUGAUCAUAAUCGAUCAUCAGAUGAAGCGAGCUAUUCAGGCACAGUUCACUAUGCUGAUGAUUCCUACUAUGACCCUGACAAGCAUGCAAAAACUUACUAUUCUGAUUUGACCUCUGGUUGGCUUUCUCAGAGUGACUAUUCUACCCCCAAACUUAGUCGGUCUGAGUCUGAUUGUUCAAAACUGUGCCAAUCAUACUCAGAAGACUUUUCAGAAAGUCAGUACUUUACACGCACAAACGGAUGCUCCCUGCUGUCCUCUUCUGAUCAGGAACUGUGGCAACGAAAACAAGAGGACAUGGCCUCCUCCUGGUAUGCUAGCCCUAGUCACCCACCUAGUCAUGGUAAUCAAAGCUAUGAACAUAAUGAGGUUGAAACUACAGAAACUAUUGACAGUGGGGUUAGCAAUGGACUUGUUUGUAUGUCUGGGGAUAGAAGUCACUACAGUGGCUCCCAGCUAUCUUUGCAAGGUGAUCUAUCACCGUGGAAAGACUGGCAUCAUCUGGAGCAGGGGGCAGAUUCAGGCUUGGAAGCUUCUAUAGAAGUUAGCACCCCUUUUGACCCAUCAACCAUUCCUGGUUUUCCAGAGAACAUCACUAAAUGUCAGGAGGUUGAUUUGCAGUUUGAGGGAGAUGAGGAAUUUAUGAUGCUUGACAGAGAAUCUACUUUACCACCUGUUACCACCCACAUUAUUCCUCCUAUCACAGAACGAGAAUCUGUCAAGACCUCCUCCCGGCAGUCUAAAGAGGGAUGUAAGGUUAUUUCAAAAGAAAGCACAAAGGUGUCAUUGAAAGAUGCUCCUAAAGCUACCAGUAAAGCAACACAAAAACAAAGUAAAUUGACUCCUAAAGAUGAAUCUACAAAAGUAAUGGCUAAAGAAAAUCCAAAAGUAUCUGCUAAGGUUUCAUCUAAAGUGACAUCUAAAACCACAGCUAAAGAAUCACCUAAAGAAAUAUCAAAACCAGCUGUUAAAGAAUGCUCUCAAGUCAUCUCUAGAGACAGUCCCAAAUUCACCCCCAAAGAAAACACAAAACCAAUAGUUAAGGAAAUGUCUAAAGUGGCACCAAAGUCAAUUACUAGUGAAGCUGUCAAGGUCUCUUCUAAAGUGACUCCAAAAGAAAGUCCUAUAAUGACGCCUCGGGAAAGUCCCAAAGACUCACCAAAAGAGAGCCCUAAAAUAACCCCAAUUGAAACCCCUGUUUUGACCCCUGACUCAACUCCAAGAGAGUCUCCUAAAGACUCCCCUAAAGUCAUAACUCAAGACACUCAUAGAGUUGCAGCCAAAGAAGGGAUAAAAGUUGCUACUAAAGAUAUUUCCAAAGAAGCUUCAAAACCUCUUCCAAAAGAGAUCCCAAAAGAGAUACCUACAGUUGUACCCAAGGAGCCAACUAAAGUAUCCACUAAAGAGGUUUCAAAGAUUCAAUCUAAAGAAGCUACAAAAGUACCCCAAAAAGAGAGUUCCAAUGUAACCCCCAAAGAGCCAUCUAAAGAAGCUCCAGCAGAUGUCUCCACAGUAGCAUCUAAAACAGGCUCUAAAGAUUUUGCCAAGACCACCCCAAAAACAGGUCCCAAUGAAAAAUUUCCUGAACUGGAUGUUAAUCAUAGCUUUCAUCAAUCCCAGAGCAAGUCCACAAGUAUGUACAGAAGCCAAAGUGAAAUUCGAACAGAGAAGGUUGAGGAGGUUCCCAAGUCUUGGAGCAGUAGACUUAGCAUUGAUCUCAGUGAAAAGUCAUUUGGUUUUGGCUUCGGAUCCACUCUUCAAAGAGCUAAGUCAGCUUUGGAGGUUGUUUGGAAGUCUGGCUCACAGACUACUCCCGUUCCUCCCGAGGAACCAAGCAACUCCUCUUCCUCAUUUAUGGGACGUUUCCGUACCCUGUCCACUUCUACUGCAAAUACCCCUAGCACUACAAUGGAAUCUAAUGUCCACACAGAGACCAUCUUCUAUAAGGCUGAAGAGAACAAAACAGGAUUAGAAGUGGGAGAACAAUCAGAGGACAGUGAGACCCACUAUGUUGAAGUAAUGGAACAGGUUCUAGCUAACUUGGAAAACAGGACUAAUGUGAAUGAAACCAAGGAAGAUGGUGAGCUUGGACCAGAGUCUAGGACUUCUCAGGACUAUGAUGUAUCUGAAGACAUUGUGGCUUCUCAAAACACUGAGCCAUGUAAGGAUCUUGACGCUUCUGAAGUUUUUGAAGCAUCUGAUAACUACGAGGCAACUAAAGAGACACAAGUUUUGGAGUAUGAUUGCAGUUUGGAUGAGCAGUAUGGUGAAGAGUACAGUGAGAAUUAUGAAAACCAGCUCAUGGAGGACACUGCUGAAUAUGAUGCAAUGGUUGAGUAUGUAGAUGUUGAAGAAACAGAUGAGACUGAGGAGAAUGAUGUGACAGAAGAAAUGGAAGAGGGCAUAGAGGAGCUGGAGGAGGUAGAGGAGAUAGCAGAGGAGGCUGCUGAAGUAACAGAAAAAGUGGAACAACAAGAGGGAGAGGAAAACAUAAAUGUUCCAGAGGAAAAACCAGUAGAAGAACCACCCAAGAAGCGUGUUCGUCCCACAUUCAAGGAGGCAGCACUAAGGGCUUACAGGAAACAAAUGGCUGAACUGGAGCAACAAAUCCUGGCAGGGGACGCCAGUGCUUUGGAUACUCAGCCUCGCAGUCUUUUGGAUCCCAAACUGCUUGGUUUGCAAUCUGGAGGGGCUGGCAGUAUUCUUUAUGGUAUUGACAGCAUGCCAGAUUUACGCCGCAAAAGGACAGUGCCUCUUGUCCGAGACCUGGCUUUGACCCUCACUGCUCGAAAGGCAGGCAUCUCGUUUGCUCUGGUGAACCGAUCCACCCUGAAUAACGAAGAACUGAAACUGCAUGUGUUCAAGAAAACCCUCCAGGCCUUGAUCUACCCAAUUUCCUCCACGACGCCCCAUAAUUUUGAGGUGUGGACGGCAACUGCUCCCACCUACUGUCAUGAGUGUGAAGGCCUGCUGUGGGGCAUUGCCCGGCAGGGCAUGCGCUGCUCAGAAUGUGGUGUUAAAUGCCACGAGAAGUGCCAGGACCUGCUCAACGCCGACUGUUUACAAAGAGCUGUGGAGAAAAGCUCUAAGCACGGGGCGGAAGACAAAACUCAGAACAUCAUCAUGGCUAUGAAAGAGCGCAUGAAGAUACGGGAAAAGAACCGUCCUGAAGUGUUCGAGGUGAUUCAGGAGAUGUUCCACAUCUCCAAAGAAGACUUUGCCGCCCAUCUGAAAACAGCCAAGCAGGCAGUGCUGGAUGGGACGUCCAAGUGGUCGGCCAAAAUCAGCAUUACAGUCAUGUGUGCACAAGGUUUACAGGCCAAGGAUAAAACCGGCUCCAGCGACCCGUACGUCACCGUCCAGGUGGGAAAGACCAAACGCAGGACGAAGACCAUCUUUGGCAACCUCAACCCUGUCUGGGAUGAGAAGUUCUAUUUGCAUUUUUCUUGCCUUUCUGCCAAAUACAUGUGUCCUGGUGUGCCGGCAGUGAUGAGCAGCCUGCUCGCCAAUAUCAAUGCUUACUUUGCCCACACUACUACCACCACCACAACCACCGCCUCUGCUUCCGACAGAUUUGCCGCCUCUAACUUUGGGAGGGAGAAAUUUGUCAAAUUACUGGACCAGCUUCACAACUCAUUGAGGAUCGACCUUUCCAAAUAUCGGGAUAACUUCCCAGCAGGAAACCCUGAGCGUCUCCAAGAUCUGAAGUCCACUGUGGAUUUGCUUACAAGCAUCACUUUCUUCAGGAUGAAGGUACAAGAGCUCCAGAGUCCACCCAGAGCCAGCAUGGUGGUGAAGGACUGUGUGAAAGCUUGUCUUGACUCUACGUACAGAUACAUUUUUGACAACUGUCAUGAACUUUACAACCAACUUCUUGACCAGAGCCGGAAGCAGGACCUUCCCAGAGAGGAGCAGGGUCCAUCUAUCAAGAACCUGGACUUCUGGCCAAAACUCAUCACUCUCAUGGUGUCUGUAAUUGAUGAGGACCGCACAGCAUACACCCCAGUCAUUAACCAGUUUCCCCAGGAGCUGAAUGCGGGGAAGAUCAGCGCUGAGAUCAUGUGGAACCUCUUUGCACAGGAUAUGAAGUAUGCAAUGGAAGAGCAUGAAAAGCAUCGCCUAUGCAAAAGCACCGAAUACAUGAAUCUUCACUUCAAAGUCAAAUGGUUCCAUAAUGAGUACGUACGUGACCUGCCGGCCUUCAAGGAUGUUCCACCUGAGUAUUCUCUGUGGUUCGAGCCAUUUGUCAUUCAGUGGCUUGAUGAGAAUGAAGACGUUGCCAUGGAUUUCCUCAACGGAGCCCUUGAAAGGGACAAGAAAGAUGGGUUUCAGCAAACCUCAGAUCAUGCCCUCUUCUCCUGUUCGGUGGUGGAUGUGUUCACACAGCUAAACCAGAGUUUUGAGAUUAUCAAGAAGCUGGAGUGCCCAAACCCACAGGCUCUGGCUCACUUCAUGUGCCGCUUUGCGAAGACUAUCAACAAAGUUCUUUUGCAAUAUGCUGCAAUCAUUUCCAAGGACUUUCCAUCACAUUUGAAUAAGGAGAAGGUGCCCUGCAUUAUUCUCAACAACAUUCAGCAACUUCGUGUACAACUGGAGAAAAUGUUUGAGUCUAUGGGAGGCAAACAGCUGGAUGCAGAAGCCAGUGAUCUGCUAAAAGAGCUGCAGAACAAACUCAACAGUGUGCUGGACGAGCUCAGCGGAGUGUUCGGCUCCAGUUUCAAGCCUGUGAUUGAGGACUGCGUGAAGCAGAUGAACCAGGAGCUGGUUCAGAUGAAAGGGCCAGUCAAAGGGAGCAACGCCGCCAUGGAUGCAGAGACGGUCUUACGGCCUCUUAUGGACCUUCUUGAUAAGAAUUUGAUGUUAUUCGCAAAGAUCUGCGAGAAGACGGUACUGAAACGAGUUCUCAAAGAGCUGUGGAAAAUUGUACUCAACACUAUCGAGAGAACAAUUGUUUUGCCUCCACUGAGUGAUCAAAGUGGGGCUCAGAUGAUCUUUAAUGCUGCCAAGGACUUAGGACAGCUGUCCAAACUGAAGGAGCAUGUCAUUCGAGAGGAAGCCAGAAGUCUGACACCUCGCCAGUGUGCCGCCAUGGACCUUGUGCUUCCCACUGUCAAGCAAUACUUCCAUGCUGGAGGAAACGGUCUAAAGAAAACGUUCCUUGAAAAGAGCCCUGACAUGAAGUCCCUCAAAUACGCUCUCAGCCUUUACACUCAACCUACAGAUGCCUUGAUUAAGAAAUAUAUAUGCACUCAAACCUCUCAAGGUCAGUCAUCCGUUGGAUCGGUGGGGGAGGUGUCAAUGCAAGUGAAUCUCAUCUCUCACCCUGGCACAGGAGAGCACAAAGUCAGCGUGAAGGUGAUUGCAGUGAACAACCUCAUCUGGCAGACCAACGCGAUGUUCAGGCCAUUUGUAGAGGUCAACGCCAUUGGUCCACACCUGGCUGACAAGAAGCGCAAAUUCAGCACCAAGACCAAGAAUAACAACUGGUCACCAAAGUACAAUGAAACAUUCCAAUAUAUUCUGAGUAACGAACAUGGUCCAGAGGUCUACGAGCUGCACGUGUCAGUAAAGGACUACUGCUUUGCCCGGGAGGAUCGCAUCAUUGGCAUGACAGUCAUCCAGCUGCGAGAGCUAGCGGACAAAGGCAGCUGCUCAGCCUGCUACCCGUUGGUGAAGAGCGUCUCUAUGGACGAAACGGGCCUUACCAUUAUGAGGAUACUCUCCCAAAGGACCAACGAUGAGGUGGCCAAAGAGUUUGUGCGUCUUAAGACUGACACACGCUCAACAGAGGAAGUGUCGUAGUGUGGCGCCAAAGCGCAGUAUUAAGAGUUGUGUUGUCUACAGUAGGAGGAAGGGAAGGAGGGGGAAGCUGCUGUGCAUCGUAGCAAUCGUUUGAGACGGACGUUGGAAACAGCGUCAGAAUGAGUUUGUCCAAAGAGUAGCAAAGGAGGUCCAAAUAUGGCGUGGCAGCAUGAGUGAGAGUUGUGUUUGUUUUUGUGCAUGUGUGUAAAACAUCUGUUGGAAUGUUCAUUUUAAAACUAAAGUAUGUACAAGUGUUUACUUACCGUAUGCUCACUAUUAAGUACUAUAUUCUACGAGUUAUUGUAAUGAGACAUGAUACCUUUUGUACAACAUUUAGUCUUUUUUGAGCAGAGAUUUGUUCCAAUAAAGUGCCAAACAAGUGAGAAAAAAAAAAAAAAAGGAAACAAAAUUAACGUCAAUGAAUUAUGGUGAAGUUUGUACGUUUGAAAUUUGCUCGAUUAUUUCGUCUGGUGUAAAUCAUCUUCUGACUGCGUAGCGUUCUGAUUGUUGCAGAGUCUUUUUUUUUUGCACCCUUGUUAUUUUAUGUUUUUUGGCUUUGCGUUCUUCCGCACUGCACUCUUGUGCAUGUCUUCUCUCAGUCAUGUCUCUCCCAUAAUUCCACAGUGACUACCGAGCAGGGUCUUGUCCCCUUGCCUUUAAAACUGUUUGUAUUUUAAGUCAACCUGAAAAAAAAUGACCGUUUUUUUUUUUUUGUGUGUGCGUUGUUUGAUUAUUUUUUUUAAUGGCGAUGACUGCUAUGUGAACCCUCAUAGAUGUUUGUAAUUUUAUAACGUGACAACAGUGACGCCAGCCUCCAGUGCUAACAGUCUUAACAGAAAGGGUGGAUUUUUUUUUUUUUGGCAUUUUGUUUUUUGUUUUUGACUUCCAGCCUUCCUGAACAACCACUGUGAACAUGAGCUUUGGAAGGCAAGCUUACAUGACAUAGCAGGCAGUUUGACUUUACUUUUUCUGAUAACUUUGUUUCUGAUAAACUGCCAAAGCUAUAAAAAAAAUUAUUUGUACAAAGCAAUCCAUUACAUGUAUGAAGACAUACAGUAUGUACAUGUGAUCAAUUACUUUUUCAUUGCUUAAUAUAUGAUGGUUGAUG